CGUUUAUCUUUGAAGUAAUUAAGGGAAGAGAUCAAGGCAGUGGAGGACAUUAAAACUAAAGAUAACAGCAAAGUGGAAGGUACCAGUGAAAUACCAAGAAAACCAAAAAAAAAAAAAAAAAAAAAAAAAAAAAAAAAAAAAAAAAAAAAAAAAAGGAUUUUUAUGUCAGAAGUGGGAUUUGAACCCACGCCCUCUUUCGAAGACCAGAACUUGAGUCUGGCGCCUUAGACCACUCGGCCAUCCUGACUGUUGAACAAUUAUUUGUCCUUGUUUUAAUUCAUAUAAUAGACUAAAGGAACCAGUAAUUUGGGUAAAAAAAAAAAGAAACAAAAAAAACUCUGAUAUUGUUUACGCCUUUACGCAAAACCCUAACUCGAAAAUAGAAAAAGAUAAACCUCUCAAAUAAGAGAGCCUCUACAGUUAACUCAGGCAGCCAUGGACGAGUCACAAACCGAACCUGCCAACAGUCAAACCACGCACCCUCUCGAGCUAUCUCCGACAUCCAUGGACGAGUCACAAACCAAACCUGCGAGUACCGAGUUAACUCAGUCAGCCAUGGACGAGUCAGAACCCGAAGUUACAAACACUGAGAACAACGAACCGCCAUCUGAACCGGAAACAGCAACCGGUACUCAACCUUCACCGGAGGAGUUGAUGGCGAAAGGUGUUGCUCCGGUGAAGAAGGAAUUUCUCCGACCACCGCCUACUAGCCGUUGCGUAACUUCAGAUGAAAAUGGUAAAUCUGAUAAGUCUAAAAGUAGUGGAGUUGUUGUGGAAAAGAAGUCCAAGCGUCAGCUCAAGCGUGAACGUCAUGAGAAACUCAAGUCUGCCCUGAAUCUUUGCCCAGCGAUUGCAAGGACUGGAGAUAUUAGUUCAUGUAAUUAUGGAGAUAAAUGUCGUUUUAGCCAUGACUUGGAAGCUUACAAAAUUGAGAGACCAGCUGACUUAGAGGGAGAAUGCCCCUUCAUCUAUGCUCAAAAGCCAUGUCCUUAUGGGGUGACUUGCCGAUUUUAUGGUACCCAUAAAGAUGUUCUUAAUGAUAAUUUGGAUGCUUUGAAGGAAGACUCUGAAGUGAAUAUGUUGAAGAAAGAUGUCCAGAAGCUUCUUUGGAAGAAUAAAAUCAAGUUCCCAAAGUCCAAUGUUGCUCUCAAGCAGCUUGGGGUAGAGGGGAGGGGCCACACUAGAGUAAAAGAUUCUGAAGAGGAAGAAAGUAUUGCUCCCAAAGUUUCCAAUGGAUCCCAUUGUUCAGAGGAUAAAGGCUGUGAGAAGUAUGAUUCUGCUGAUACACAAGAUCCAUCUGCUGUGCUUCCUGAAGAGCCAUUGGACGAUGGCAUAUUGGGCAGUGAUGAUAAAAGACCCUUAAAGAAAUCAAAAUCUGGUGAUGAUGAGAGAGAUUCUUCCAAUGACUUAAAUAAUGGUUCAAGCGUCUCAGGUGAAGGUUUAGUGAAGGACUCUACCGAAGAUAAGCCACCAAGUACAAACAAUUGCCUGCCUCUUGAAGCUGAUGCCAGCUUAAAGUUACUGCCACGUGAAAGGAAACUUAUAGAUUUCCGUGGGAAGCUAUAUCUAGCACCCCUUACCACUGUUGGGAAUCUUCCAUUUCGCAGAGUUUGCAAGGAUUUUGGUGCAGAUGUGACAUGUGGUGAAAUGGCAAUGUGCACAAAUCUUCUUGAGGGCCAAGCUUCUGAAUGGGCGUUGCUUAGGCGACAUAAAUCCGAGGAUUUGUUUGGUGUACAAAUUUGUGGGGCUUAUCCAGAUACCGUAGCACGUGCUGUUGAGCUUAUUGACCAAGAAUGCUCACUAGAUUUUAUUGAUAUCAACAUGGGAUGUCCAAUUGAUUUAGUCGUUAAUAAGGGAGCCGGCUCUGCUCUUCUUACAAAACCAUUGCGGAUGAAAAAUGUUAUACAAGCAGCUUGUGCUUCUGCAGAGAGACCUAUAACUGUUAAGGUUAGAACAGGAUAUGUUGAAGGAAGGAAUCGUGCUGACUCUUUAAUAUCUCAAAUUUAUGAGUGGGGAGCUUCUGCUCUAACAAUACAUGGGAGAUCUCGACAGCAGCGAUAUAGCAAAGCUGCUGAUUGGGAUUACAUAAACACAUGUGUCAGUAAAGCUCCUAGUACAUUUCAAGUGCUAGGAAAUGGAGAUGUCUUUUCAUAUACAGACUGGAAUAAACAUUUUUCUGACUGCCCUGAGCUGUCCUCAUGCAUGAUCGCUCGAGGGGCUUUGGUUAAGCCAUGGCUAUUCACUGAGAUUAAAGAACAAAGACAUUGGGAUAUCAGUUCUGGUGAACGACUAGAUAUACUAAGAGACUAUGUACGUUUUGGCCUUGAGCACUGGGGUUCUGAUUCAAAAGGAGUGGAGACUACAAGAUUCUUCUUGUUGCAAUGGCUUAGCUAUACUUUUAGAUACAUCCCAGUUGGUUUGCUUGACGUCAUUCCACAAAAAAUUAAUUGGCGUCCACCUUCAUACUAUGGUCGAAACGACCUGGAGACACUAAUGGCUUCUGAAUCUGCAGCUGAUUGGAUUCGAAUCUCUGAGAUGUUGCUUGGCAAGGUUCCUCCCGACUUCAAGUUUGCACCAAAACAUAAAUCUAAUGCCUAUGACAGUACAGAAAACGGCUGAUAUUAGAGCACUCUAGCAGGUUAUGCUCCAUUACUUGUACAUCAAGAUUUAUAGCUCAUCAUGUUGUUUACAUAAUUAAAAUAGCAACAAAUGUUGCAGCUACAUUAUUUUAUUGAUGUAUACUACAUUAUAAUUCUGUUCUACCAUUACUGUCGGAAUAAUAGAGCUUAAUUUUAACCAUUUUACGAAGCCUUGUGCAGCUGUGCCUUGCUUCUGUUGCUAGUUACAUUUCCUUUGCACUCCUUGGAACUUCCAAAUUAUGUAUUUUGCGCAAGGGCUGUAAUGAAGCUAACAAAUGUGUUGUUGAAACUUGAACCAAUAGUAUAUAGCUUUAUUUGAAGUUUAUA